AUGAGCAACAAUCUACCACAGAAUGAGGCUGAAGCUCGCGAGAAGAUGCGCGAGCUGAUGUCUCGACCGCCGUCGAGUCGACCCGCGGAUUUUGUGAAUCCGCUGGAGAAAAUCGAACAGCUUCUCACUUGUCCGAUUUGUCUCGAUCGAUACAAACAACCGAAACUUCUGCCGUGCCAGCACACAUUUUGCUAUCCUUGUUUGGAAUCGUGCGCCGACACCCUACACCGAACGCUGAAAUGUCCUGAAUGUCGCGCUGAGCACAAUAUUCCGUAUGAUGGAGUCAAAUCUUUCCAGCCGAAUUACACUCUAACGGGUUUCCUCGAGAUUCAUCUUCAAUCGACGCCGGAAACCGCCGCCGAAAUCGAGGAGUACAUUCAUCGGUACAAUCUUGAGAAAUGCAAAAUUUGUGGAGAAAAAGCGGAUUGCGAGGCAUGCGCGCAUUGCGAUCGAUCGGCGUGCAAAGAAUGCCGUCAAACGCAUAUGGAUAUGCUUCGGCGCGACAUGUCGCGAUUAUUGAAUCAAGUCAAACGGCUGACGAAUCGCAUCACCGAAGCGUCGGACAAUCUGUCGAAGGGCGUCGACAUGAUGACGAUGAAUUGCGAGACGACGAAAGCGGAAGUCAAAGAAUACUUUCACAGGUAUCAGAGGGAGCUCAAGAAGAAGGAGGACAACUUUCUCGCCGAGAUCGACAUCUUCCAAGCGAACGAAGCGCGCUUGAUGAAGAAUCUUCGAGAUGUUUUGGAGAUUGAGAGCUCGAAUAUGAGUGAGGCUGUCGCUCGAUUGGACGCUGCGAUCAAGGGCGAGUGUGCCAUUGAGGAUGCCGAGCUUGUUCGUCUGAAGAACACGUUCACCGAAGGGCUUGAAUAUCUGCGAAACUUCCAGCCGGACGCCGACGAGCUGUUCAAUCGGAAGCUGCGAUUCUCGGCCGGCGAUGACGCGGCGAAACUUCCGGCGGCGAUUGCCACUUUUGGAGAACUCUGCGUGCUGGUCCCACAAUUCUCCGGACGAUAUAUGCAACUCGAGCAAUCAUAUCUGCCGCGACCAUUCCGAUUGCCGUUGGAAAGCGAUAACUAUCGGGUGAAACCGGCCGCCGAUGAGCGCGCUUCCACACGACAUAGCCAUCGACAUAAUGAGAUGGACGAGUCGUCGCUGAGGUAUCGACGUAGACAACAGCUCGAAGAGGAGGCUUGGAAUCGGCUGCGGACAUCAUCAUCGGUGACGCCGUCGACUUUGAGCGAAUCGAGAAGUCCUUGGUCUGCCGAUCGAAUGACGAAGAGUGUGGAGCCGGUGAAGACGAAAGCUUCUUUGACGUCGAAACCGCCCGCUCCGCCUUCCCCACCUGAGCCGAAAGUCGAGGCGAAGCCGGUGCUCGCGCGACAACAAUCAAGUCAAGAUGAAUCAUUGAAUGAGAAGGUGGAAGUGAUUCGACGAGCGCACGCACAACGGCAAGCCGCCUCUCGCGCGGUGUCGAGCGAUGAUUCGGACGGCGAAGAAACGAUCGUGCCGCAGCCGAGAGGACGCAUUCGGAUUGUGUGUCGCGCGGCGUCGGUGAACCGAGAAGAGCCGACACCGCCGAUUCAGAUCACACAAACCGCUCUGGAGCCGGUGUCGAUACCCGUGACGCACUACUCAGGUGAGGAAGGCGAUCAGCCGGACGUGAUACCGGCGUGGCUGCAACGCCGUCGGCAGCGUUUCCAGCGCUCACGCACCAAUCCCGAUCUGCAGUCGCAGUUCACGAGCGCCCGUGUUCAACAGUUACUCGCCGAGCGUCAAGAACGAAUGUCAUCUCGUUUAGACUCGUCGACGUCGACGGACGAGGAGAAGCUGCAGGUGAUGCGACGCGGACGAUCGGCGUCGCGCGAGGCCGGCGAGUGGCGUGCGCGCGGAAGGCCGCGUGCGGUCUUCGGCCGCAAAGGCGCCAAAGAAGGCGAGCUGAAUUGGCCGCGCGGUGUGUGCGCGCUCGCCGGCGGCCUCAUCGCCACGUGCGACUCGUCGAAUCAUCGCGUGUGCGUUUUCGACAAAGACGGCAAGUUUGUGCGACAAUUCGGCGGCUACGGCUGCGGUCACGGUCAACUCGAUUCGGCGGCGGGUCUCGCCAGCGCCAAACUGCGCCUCGUCGUCUCCGAUCGCUACAACCAUCGAAUUUGUGUGUUCGGACUCGAAGGCGACUUUUUGUUCACGUUCGGCGGACACGGUCCCGGCAACGGCAAGUUCAACAACCCGUGGGGAGUCGCGGUCGACGAUCUCGGAAGCAUUUACGUGGCGGAUAAGGAUAAUCACCGGGUGCAAGUGUUUGAUAAGAAUGGGCAGUUCAUAGCGAAAUUUGGAUCAUUCGGGCAUCUUCAAGGACAACUCAAUAGUCCAUUAUUUAUUGCUGUUAGCCGUGUAACUCAUCAGGUGUAUGUGUCGGAUUCGUCGAAUCACCGCAUCAGCGUGUUCGAUCCGCACGGUGUUCACUUAUUCUCGUUCGGCGAGGAGGGCUUCCACGGUGGACAAUUCAAAUUCCCGCGCGGCAUCGCCAUCGACUCGCAGGAGAAUGUGAUUGUGGCCGAUUCGGGAAAUAAUCGAAUACAGAUUUUCGACGCGCAAGGUCAAUUCAUUUCAUCGUUUGGCACGUGGGGUGGUGGCGCUGGACAAUUGAAAGGUGUUGAAGACGUGUGCGUGACAUCGGAUGGGGCGAUCGUUGUCACCGAUCGCGAGAAUCAUCGGAUUCAAAUCUUCUGA